CUGCCCAACAGCACGCGCGCACACACACACGCGCAGCGCUCCCUCAACAUCCAGCCAAGGGCGAGCUGGACUCACUGCCCUUUGUCUCAGUGUGUUCUGUACUGACCGUCGUCCUUUUACAUCGUCACUUUGCCACAGAAAGGGAACAUUAGCCUGUUGUGGUUUUAGAGGCCGACGUAUUUUUGGGCGCGUGACGAAAAACGUAGCCUGGAGCGACCGUUUUCAGAAGAGGAGCUCGCGCCAAACAGAGCUCACUGAGAGGACCUUUCUGUCAGCAAAUGUUGCUCUGAAAACGCGGUCCAGAGUCGAUUCUUCCGUUGGUUAAGAUGGAGGUGAAGGUGAUGUUGAUAGCAGCUCUGCUGGGGCUUUUCUCCCUGUGCACAGCUCAGCUAGAUGGUAAUGAUUGCACUAAAGCUUCAGCUCAGUCCUGUGGGGAGUGUAUUCAGGUUGGAGAAAAGUGUGGCUGGUGCACCUCUGAAGACUUUCUAAAGCAGGGGGAAUCCAAGUCAACACGCUGUGAUGAGGUUGAGGCUCUGAUUAAGAAAGGCUGUGGUAAUGGGAGCAUUGAAAACCCUCGAGGGAAGGUCACCAUCAACCAGAACAAACCUGUCACAAACCGUGAGAAAGACACGCCACAGACGCCGGACCAGAUCACUCAGAUUCAGCCUCAGAAGCUUACACUCAACCUAAGAGCAGGUGAGCCUCAGAAGUUUUCUCUGAAGUUCAAGAGGGCAGAAGAUUAUCCCAUUGAUCUUUACUACUUGAUGGACUUGAGCUACUCCAUGAAAGAUGAUUUGGAGAAUGUGAAGAACUUGGGAACAGACCUGAUGAAAGAGAUGCAGAGCAUCACGUCAGACUUCAGGAUUGGCUUUGGCUCCUUUGUGGAGAAGACUGUGAUGCCCUAUAUCAGUACAACCCCAGCCAAGCUGCUGAACCCCUGCACUUCAGAUCAGAACUGCACCAGCCCCUUCAGCUAUAAGAACGUGCUAAAACUGACUAAAAAUGGCGCAGAAUUUAACCGACUCGUCAGUAAACAGCAGAUCUCUGGAAACUUGGACUCUCCUGAGGGAGGAUUUGAUGCCAUCAUGCAAGUUGCUGUCUGUGGGGAACAAAUUGGCUGGAGGAAUGUCACUCGCCUGCUGGUGUUCUCCACAGACGCUGGCUUCCACUUCGCUGGAGAUGGUAAACUGGGUGGAAUUGUGCUUCCUAAUGAUGGAAAAUGCCACCUGAAGGACAAUAUGUACACAAUGAGCCAUUACUAUGACUACCCUUCCAUCGCCCACCUUGUGCAGAAAUUGAGUGAUAAUAACAUUCAGACCAUCUUUGCUGUCACCGAAGAGUUCCAGUCUGUCUAUAAGGAACUCAAGAAUCUGAUUCCAAAGUCCGCUGUCGGAACAUUGUCUUCAAACUCCAGCAAUGUGAUAAAGCUUAUUAUUGACGCCUACAAUUCUCUGUCAUCUGAGGUGAUCCUGGAGAACAGCAAGCUGCCUGAGGGAGUGUCCAUUUCAUAUGUGUCCUUCUGCAAGAAUGGAGUGAGCGAAACGGGAGACAAUGGAAGAAAGUGCUCAAAUAUCUCCAUCGGGGAUGAGGUGUCUUUUGAUGUAGCCAUCACUGCUAAGGGCUGUCCAUCUCAAGGUAAAUCGGAGACAAUAAAGAUCAAGCCACUGGGGUUCAACGAGGAAGUGGUGAUUGUCCUCAGCUUCAUCUGUGAGUGUGAAUGUCACAACAAAGGAGUCCCCAACAGUGAAAAAUGUCACUUCGGAAACGGAACUUUUGAGUGUGGAGCGUGCAGGUGCAAUGAGGGGCGUAUUGGCAGAGUUUGUGAAUGCAGCAAAGACGAUGUAAGAACGGAGGAUUUGGAUGCAAACUGCCGCAUGGACAACGGGACAGACAUUUGCAGUAACAAUGGAGACUGUAUCUGUGGAACAUGUGAAUGCAAAAAGAGAGACAACCCAGAGGAGAGGUACGAGGGGAAGUUCUGUGAGUGUGACAACUUCAACUGUGACCGAUCCAACAAUAAACUCUGUGGAGGUCAUGGUCAGUGUGUGUGCAGGGUGUGUGUCUGUGACGCCAACUACACAGGCAGUGCAUGUGAUUGUUCUCUGGACACGCAGCCCUGUGUGGCCAGUAAUGGACAGAUCUGUAAUGGCCGUGGUACCUGCGAAUGUGGAGUGUGUAAAUGCACUGACCAAAAGUUCCAGGGCCCCACCUGUGAGAUCUGCCCCACCUGCCCAGGAGUCUGCACUGAGCACAAAGCCUGUGUCCAAUGCCGUGCAUUUCAGACUGGAGAGCUUAAAGACACUUGUCAAGAAAAAUGCAGCUAUUUCAGUCUGACCAUGGUGGAUAAGAAGGAGGAUCUUCCACAGCCAAACAGCCAGCCCUACCUCACUCACUGCAAAGAGCGUGAUGCCAAUGACUGCUGGUUUUUCUUUACGUACUCCACCAGGAAUGACACAGUUCAAGUCUAUGUGGUCAAGGAUCCAGAGUGCCCAGCUGGUCCUGACAUCAUCCCCAUUGUAGCAGGCUUAGUUGCUGGCAUUGUUCUGAUUGGUUUGGCCCUGCUUCUGAUCUGGAAGCUGCUUAUGAUUAUCCAUGACCGCAGAGAGUUUGCAAAGUUUGAGAAAGAGAAGAUGAAUGCCAAGUGGGAUGCGGGUGAGAAUCCCAUCUACAAGAGCGCUGUGACCACAGUGGUGAAUCCUAAAUACGAGGGGAAGUGAAGGACAAACCGUCCGUCUCAAACACUGUAUGCAAAUGAAUUCAGGAGCAAUGGAGGAGGAGGUUCAUUUUCAGUUUUCUUGUUUUUUUUUGUUUUUGUUUUUAUGUUCAUUUUUUAAAACACUUUGUUAGCUGUGCAUUUCCCACAACUUGCAUUAUGUUUUAUCUAAUCUGUAUUUCUAUGCAUUCUGUACAGUGUGUAUAAACUUGAGUUUUUACUUUUAAUUGUGGAAUUUUCAGAAUGUUUUUUUCUUUGUAUAUCUGUGUGUUGUUGCCUCAUGACUGGCUUUGGUAAUGCAAUGAGUUGUGCCUUUUGAAUAAGAGCUAUUUUUAUGCUUGCACAGUGUUUCUCAGUCCUUGUCCUGAUCUGUGUUUUCGUGUAUUCUCAGCCCCCACCAUACUUCUUGACUCACCUCAUCGUCUAAUUUGCAAUUCUUGCAUGAGUUAAAAGAGGUUAAGCAGAGAGACAGUAAAAUGUAAAGUGCAGCAUUGCUCCAGGACUGUGAAACACUGUGCUAACGGAUUUCAAAGCCUAUCAUGUCGAGUCAGGUUUGUUCAGAGUGUUGGAGAAAGAUGGAGUAACCCAGUGAUGGGGAGGCUUUAGUGCAAAACACUGGUUUAGGUCUGAUCAAUGAAAAUGCAUUGUAAUUAACCCUGUAAAGGCCGACAAUGACAGUUAUUAUUGACACUGAUUAUUUGAGGAGUCGUGUGUUUCACUGGUUUGAGCAAAAGCCUUGAUGGUUUGUGAUCGGCGCUCUCCAUCACUGGUGUAGCAUGUAGCAUGUAGCGGGCCACUGGGUGGAGAGUGCAUGGUGCUGUUUUCUUUCUGGACGUGAUGUUUCCAUUCCCUAAGAACCCCAGCCAGCUUUGUUCCAGUGAAAUUGCCUAAGGCAGGAAUGUUAGGAGCUGGAAUAGAAUAAAAAAGUGGGGACCUUAAGCUUUGAUUAGAAACCACUGCUCUGGAGAACAGAGAACAAUGUUGUGUACAGCCUGCCACUGAUACGCAGGCUGUGGUGGUUUGAUGUUCGGUUUGUAUGUUCAGGAAGACUACAACUGUCAGCUUUCUGUGGAUGUGCUUUUUGAGAUGCACUCUUCCUUUUUUUUCAGUCGCUUUAUAUAUUUAUAUUUUAAAAAUACAUUAAGUAAAUCUAAAAGGACGUUGCAUUGCCAAUCAUUACGUUAAAAUUCAUUGUUUAAGUGCAAGGGCUCUAGUUUAACAGUCCGAAAGAACCAAAUCCUUCAUUGCAUUGACAGUGUGCCUAACAGCUCAUUACAGAUCUGCAACCCUCACAGCUGUUGCAGAGCAGACUAGAGCCUGUGAGCAUCUCAGGGCCAUAAACCACAGUGACAGAUGUUUGUUUUCAGUGUUUUCAGAAAGAUGUGAUUCCCGAUUAAGAACUGAACAAUCAAAAGGAAAGCAUUGUAUAAUCUAAGGAGAACGCAAAUGUACAGUACUGAUGGGUAUGAUAACUCGAGCCUUUUUCAAGGCUUUGUUUUCGAAAUAUUGAGGAUAAAACUCAGGUUCUUAGUUCCUCUCAACCACAAAAAAGCCAAAUAUUUACUGCCUUCUGACUUUGAGCAGCCUUAUUUUGAUUGUCAUGUCUGUUACCCACCAGAAGUGGACUUAAUUUGCUUACUUUGUAUUGAACUGUUCUUGUUUUUUCCUGUUGUCUGAAAUCUAACCUCCUCAGUCCUGAAAGGGGGUUAGAAGAGGCACAGACAGACUGUUAUGACGCUGUCGUUAAAGAUCAGUGUUAAUGAGAAGGACCUCUGAACUUGCUGUUUUUCAAAUGCUGUUAAACCUUUAAAGCCACACGCCUCACAGACUGCGUUUUUUUUUUUUUAAGUGCCUUUUUAUUUCUGCAUCCUGCUCACUCUCACAAUCCUUUGUUUCAAAAGUUAUUUAUUAAAAUAAAGAACCAAAAUGAUG